AAAAAAAUCUGGUUCCGAAAAACUUGGGUGUUUUGGAAAACUCUUUUUUUCUCUGUGAAUACUUCACUUUUUGGAAGUCUUAUAAGAGACGUUUUUGUUCAGUUUGAUCAGCUCUUUCGCAUGAGAUGCUCCACAAAAGAAACGAACGAAAAAUGACAGAGUUAUAGGAGAAAUACUGGAAAAAAAUCGAAAAACGUGUUUUUUUGCGACUUUUCAGACCCCCAUCUCGUUGUCAAGCCUGUAACUCCGCUAAAGAAGAUCCUGAAAAUGAAAAAAGAGUUUCAUAAUCUUACUUUUCUUUAAGGAAUCGAAUGAAAUGAAAAAAACUAAAAGUUUUUUUUUUUGACCAUAUUCCAGCGAUUCUCGAUGGGCUCGCGGAACCUCUCUUAAUACACACCAUUACUCUGUCUCCUUCUUACAUAUAUUGCUUGAUUGUUUCUCAUAAUGUAAUACAUAUAGUACCAUUUUUUUCUCGUUCUGCACGUGAAUGGUACAUUGCUCAUAAAAUGGAGGUCGUUAUUUCUCAUGAGACUCAAAACAAGCGCUCACUGCUCAGAAUAAGAAGAUCCUUCUACAGAGAGGUUUUACUGUAUAUGUAAAAAGACACGUAUUAUAACGUAGUCUCAUGAAUUUUUUGUGUAGAAUUUUUUGUGUAGAAUUUGUUGUAACCUACAUUUAAUGUACAUGUAGAAAAAAAAUUGAUAAGAAAACUAAUGAAAUAGUUUCAACUUCUGUUUCAAGUUGCUAAUAUCUAAUUAUAUAUUAAAAAAAGUUUUAUUAAAAUCAAUACGAAUGUAAUGAAGAUUUUUAAUUCUUUUUAAUUAGUAUAUUUCCACUAUUCGCAUGACUCUCUCUCUCGCUGUGUCUAUUAGUCGAUACAAGGAUUUGAAGUUCCAAUAUUGUUCUUUACAUAUGAACACUCAUUAUUACAUCUUUCAUAAGACAAAAAAAAUUCAUUAUUUGUACCAUAAUUACUACGUUGAUCUAUUUCUCUUUCCAAGAUAAAAAAAAACAUGUAUCAAUAGUUAUUUUAUGAUAAAUUAAGUAAUAAAGAAAACGAAAUGACUAAGUUUUUGAUAGUCCCAUUCUCUCGAGAAAAAAACAAAGAAAACAUCCGCUAGCAAAAGAGGAAAUCGAAAACGAGCCAAAAACUUGAAACGAUGUUGAUUUUGCAAAACUUUAAAAGAACUUUUUACUUUUUUCUCUCUAUUGUCGCUCUCCCUCUAUUUCAGUCCAUGCAUUACGUGGGAGUUCCAUUGACAUUCAUCCGAAUGCUCGAUGGCAACAGAAUGGUAUCACUGUGGUUGGAGGUAAUGGAGGAGGCAAUAGAACCAAUCAACCCUCAAACCCAGGGGGUUUGUAUGUUGAUGACGAUGAAGCAAUUUAUGUCGCUGAUACGUCAAAUCGCUGUAUUGUGGAAUGGAAACGUGGUGCAACGAAUGAACAAGCGGUUGCCGGUGGAAAUGGAGGAGGCAAUAGAACCAAUCAAAUCUCAAACCCAUGGGGUUUGUAUGUUGAUGAUGAUGAAACAAUUUAUGUCGCUGAUACGUCGAAUCGCCGUAUUGUGGAAUGGAAACGUGGUGCAACGAAUGGCCGAGUGGUGGCUGGUGGAAAUGGAGAAGGAAAUGGAGCUCAUCAGUUGUAUUAUCCAAGAGAUGUGGUUGUCAACAAAGAGACAGAUAGUCUCAUCAUCUCCGAUAAUGGGAAUAGCAGAGUGGUUCGAUGGCCUCGUCGAAAUGGGACAAGUGGAGAAACAAUCAUCUCCAACAUCGUUUGUGUGGGUUUGACAAUCGACGAGAAUGGAUCUCUCUAUGUCGUUGACGCUGGAAAACAUGAAGUGAAACGAUAUCAAAGAGAAGAAUCUCAAGGAACAGUGGUUGCAGGUAGCAAUGGAAAAGGAAAUCGUCUCGACCAACUCUCUAUCCCACAAUACGUAUUCGUCGAUGGAGAUCAUUCAGUAUACUUAUCUGAUUGGGGAAAUAAUCGUGUGAUGAAAUGGGAAGAAGGUGCAAAACAAGGCAUUGUCGUAGCCGGUGGUCAAGGACAAGGAAAUAAUCUUGCACAAUUGUAUCGUCCUCAAGGAAUCGUUGUCGAUCAAAUGGGUACUGUCUAUGUGGCUGAUUGUUUGAAUCAUCGAAUCAUGCGUUGGCCAAAAGGAGCCACACAAGGAAGUGUCAUUAUUGGUGGUAACGGUGAAGGAACACAGUCGAAUCAACUCAAUGGCCCCGUAGGUUUGUCAUUCGAUCGACAUGGCAAUCUCUAUGUCGUCGAUUGGGGAAAUCAUCGAGUACAAAAAUUUAAUAUCGAAUGA